UUUAGGCAAUGAACUUAGUUAAAAUCAGAAAACUGUACAUUUGGUAAAAUCAUGCUGAAACGACUACGGAACUCGUCUUUCCAAAGAACUUUAGUAUGCCUUGCCUUAGUCUUGAUUCUGUUUAAUGGAAUAUUCGUCACCAUUUCUCCAGAAUUCUCGUUCACCGCCUUACUCAAAUACAUCGUAUCUCGUGACCCGCGCUCGGGCGACAAGAGUGCCUGUCCUAAAAUGUCUAUCCAGCCCGCGAAUUCUACCACGCUCUCCCAAGAAAACACCGCCUGCCUUCCACAUAUACAGUCAGACAAGGCUUGUGAGUAUACUGCUAAUGCAUACGCCCCUUAUCCGUCGCUUCUAGAGUGCCCGGAGCUACCGUACGAUCUUUGUACCAUCUCGGAGAAAAAGCCCAGAUCAUCAAAUCACUCUUUCACAUCGCUCAAAAUCCUUUGCGAUAUGUCAUUAUGCGAUCUAAGCAAACCCAUGUAUAUUGAAGUUAUGAACCCAAAGGAUGGGAAAAUGAUUAAAUAUGAUAUCCCUAUGGGUGCAAAUGAUUCAACGGUCGAGAAUUUGGUUCUGAAAUAUCUAAAAAUAUCUCGUGUAGCUGAUCUCAAUUUUUUAUUCCUAAAUUGCACUGGACUGUUCACCGGAGUCAAGAUAUCUCAGUUAUUAACGUUUUUGCCCGCUCUGCCCCUCUUGACGAACAAAACACAAAAAGAUAAAGUCAAUGUGAAUGUUGUUCUUCUUGAUUCACUCUCGAGAGCGCAUUUUUAUCGUUCUUUACCAAACACCAUAAAUUUUUUGCAAGAGAAGAAUGCCGACCCAAGUUUUCCCGCCCAUGUUUUUGAGUAUGAACUUUUUCAAGCUGUACACGGGCAUACCCAUGAAAUUGAGCAUGCGCUCUUUAGCGGCACUUUGUACCCGGAAGAAUGGACCUCAAAGCAAAAAAAAGCAAAACCCGUUGACCUGCAUGUAUUGUAUGGAGUGUUCAAAGAGGCUGGAUAUCAGACAAUGUUCUUGGAUGACUUGUGUUGGAAGGCUACAUAUGGUAUGGUUGCUAAAGUGAAGUCAUGGAGUUGGAAAACGUUGCUGAAAAAGACGAAGGCUGAGAAUAUUGAUACUAGAGGUAACAAGAGGCAGGGUGCGACAAUAGACCAUUCCCAUCCAUUAUAGACUAAUUUUAAAACUAGGCAAGGAGAUGCAAAUAAAUCACCACAGCUAGAAAGAGCAUACUAAAAUGAGUAACAUUGCAAAGUUUGGUUGCGAAAUGUUGUAAAAUGCAGAAGAUAUAGCCUUGCAAAGUUUGCAAAUUUUGUAUACUUUUGUGCCGAAAAUGGUAGCAAUUAUACAAAAUUUGCGAACAUUGCAAGGCUAUAUUUUCCGCAUUUUACAACAUUCCGCAACCAAUUUUGCAUCUCCCCUGAAAAGUCAUGUACCUUCCCUUAGCCCUUAGGAAAGUUUCAAUAAUAGAUCGAGGUGAAUAGUUGACAUUUUUGGUUGCUUAGGGUAGGAACGUUUUUUGGUUGCUUAGGGUACGAAGAAAGUUUUUUUCUGUAAAAUUGAAACAGUGAUAGCCAUUCAUCUCUGUAUCAAGUACCCUUUUAAUGCAAUGUUUUGAAGGAAACUUUGUACUGAUUGUAUUGAAGGGCAAAAUUGGAUGAGUUAUACAGUCAUAAUUCAUUAAUACACUGAUACAUAUGUACACUACAUGCAUACAUCACGUCGUUGAUUUUGGCCCGUUCUAACUCUAAGCCCUAACUUUCCAUGGCGGUCGUAAGCUAGACUGCUGCACCUCCCCUAAAUAUUUUUCCACCUCCCCCACUAUUUCCAUUACAAUCCGGCCUUGCAGAUUGAAAACAUGACCUCCUAGCAGAGGUAGUAAGAACAUGGCAGUCUCUCGGAAAUUGCGUUUGUUAUCAUAAUGAAAUUUUACCACCUGUGUUACAUGAUCUGUUCCAAUGUAACAAUCAGAUGCAUAGUUACAGUACCAGAUCAGCAAAUAAUUAUCGGCCUCACGCUUAUUGUACUAAUCUAAAAAAAAUUACUAUACUUUAUCGUGGCCCAAUAAUAUAGAAUUCACUAUCGUCUAAUUUUAGAAACUCGGGUAGCUUAUUUACUUUUAAGAAAAAUAUGAUGAAAUUUAUGAUGAAAAAUUUAUGAUGAAAAUGAUGAAAUCUCUAAUAUAUUUUUUAUCUAAAUUGAAUUUUGUGUAAUACCCAAUAUUACUAUAUAAGGCUAAUAAACUAGUAUUAUUAUAUAAUGAAGGUGACUUCGACUCAUAAGCCCAACGGUUUUUUCGAGGUUACCUCACCACUAUAUAUUUCCAUAAUCUUGUGUGACUGUAAAUAAUUAUCGCGUGGAAAAUUCAAUUCAAUUCAAGACUCUCCAAAAACAUAAAUAAAUAUAUUCCUUUUGCUUUAAGGUAUAACAGAAGCUGCCUGCAAGAUUCUGACGGACAAAGGCAGGCACACUUUACCAUUUUCUGACAACAAGGAACACCAGUUAUGUUUCAAUGGCAAACACCAGCAUGAAUACCUCUUUGAUUACCUAGUACACUACAUUGAUACCAUCAACACCUCACCACAGAGCAAGCCGCUGUUCUCGUAUGCCACAACUCAUGUUUCUCAUGACGAAAUCGGUUUGCGAGUUCAGAGUGUUGACAAACAUUUGAGGAAAUUUAUUCAAACCUUAUCAACGAGGGAUGAUACAAUUUCAUUCAUAUUUGCAGACCAUGGUAAUACUUACACGUCGUAUCAGGUUAAGUUUCUCGAAGGAAGACAAGAAAUGUAUCAUCCGAUGAUGUUGGUUAUUUUGCCAAAAAACCUAGCACAAAAAUUUGGAAAUGAUGUGGUACAAAAUUUAGCUAAGAAUCAACAUCGACUUUUUAACAUGUUCGACAUUCGCAAAAGUUUGGUCGCUCUCGCUAAGUAUGAUGGAAAGUCCGGCUUAGAUCCGGCAGGCUUGUUUGGAUAUAUAUCUAAGAAUAGGAUUUGUGGAGAUUUAUCUUUGACUAAGGAAGCUAUAUGUAUCUGUAGAGCACGUAAAUUUGCCAAGUUAGACGAGGCUGAGCAGUUUAUUCUUUCAGAAUUUGCUGUUGGCGAGUUAAACAACAAAAUACAAAACUCGCUAUUCAAAACACGUGGCUCAGAAAAAAAUUCAAAUUUUUCUAAUGGGUCACCUGUGCUUUUCGGUUCAUGUCAGCGGUUACGUAUACAAAAAGUAGAAAAUAUCGUACAAGAAUCGAAAUCUGAUGGACUCGUGGUGACUUCUAUGGAUAUUACAGUGCAAUCGGGGACUAUAGUUGACCAAGAGGAACUGAUGACGGUACAAAUUGAAUCUACGCUCGAAACUACCCCGAGCUCCCUUAAGAUGAAAUUGUUGUCUUUUAAUCGGAUUUCCAAAUAUGAACCUCACGAAAAGUGCGCUGACCAGGAUGUACCGCUUACCUUGUGCAUCUGCAAUAAAAUGUCAGCGGCGUAUGAGCCAAUUUCAGUUCAGAAAAUAGUUGGUGCAAAUUCGAAGGUAACUCAACGCCCUUUAAAUUCGUGUAUAGUUCAAAUUCAGCGGGAAAUAUCAGGCGAUAAUACACCUAAAGUAGGGGUAUAUGAGAUAGCUAAUAUAUGCAGAGUACGUGCAUUUAAUAUUACGAUUACUAGUUCAAGUAAUAUUAGAACAUCUACAGAUUUACCAAUGUUUCUAAGCUUGCCACCUAGAACUAUUUAUUUUGUGAGUUCGUUGAAAGCUCAAAGUAUUAAAGAUAAUAGGUUAGAUUUGACGUUCGAUAUUAGUAGUCUCAAAGCAGUGUGAGUGUUUCUAUUUGAUAUAUUACAGUUAUUUAUAUUUAAUAUAUUACAGACUACAGUUAUUUAUAUUUGAUGUAUUACAGAUUUACAAUUAUUUCUAUUUAAUUUGUUGCAGUUAGGCAUUUCAAUAAAUUGAUCUUGUGUUCUUAAUUAAUAAUGAUCUUCAUUGAAUUUAACAUAAAACUGGCCGCGAUCCCAAAACUAAGCAUAUAACGAUAACAAUACUGCAUUUCCUCGUUCUUAUUAGUUGUUUUGAAAAUCUCGUUCUCCAUGUCAUUCGGUCACGAUCUAGUGAUCGCAAUGUUCCAUUGUCUUUUCAUUGUUUUGAAAAUCCCACUGUUCUCCAUGCCAUUUAGUCAUGAUCCAGUGGUCGGAAUGUUCUAUUGUCUUUUCAUUGUUUUGAAAAUCUCGCUGUUCUCCAUGCCAUCCAGUCAUGAUCCAGUGGUCAGAAUGUUCCACUGUCUUUUCAUUGUUUUGAAAAUCUCACUGUUCUCCAUGCCAUCCAGCCAUGAUCCAGUGAUCAGAAUGUUCCACUGUCUUUUCAUUGUUUUGAAAAUCUCACUGUUCUCACAUGCCAUCCUGUCACAUUUAUUUCAACUUAUUUUAGCAUUUAUGGAAUAUUCCGUUUUGCAUUGCUCCUGCAUCAUGCAUUAGUCUGGCAAACGUCAAAGCCACAAAAUAGAAGACCUUUGUUUGAUGUUGAACUGCGCCUCACCGUGCACAAAUCCUUUGUCUUAACUUCAUCAAAUAUUAUCCAUUGUGGUUGCACGUUUCAUCUCCGCUAUCAUUUUGGAUGCAGGAAUGGAUUUAUAAGGGGGUUAACAGGGGUGCGCACCCCUGUUGGCCUUGGUCAACAGGGGUGCAAGGGGGGGGGGGUGCAAAAAAAUCAAAUUCAGAAAUAUGGCAUAAUUUCCAAAGGUUUUCUUUUUUUGAAGUCAAACUGAAGCUCAUAAUUCAAUGCCCAUAUCGCAGGAAAUGGCAUUUCUAGGGUUCUAAUUUUCAAAAUUUUCCGGUAGCAUACCCUACACCCCCUAUAUAGUGAGCUCGUGCAUUCAGCGCUCGAGUCGUUAGGAAGCCAAUUCAUUUGAAUGCUCUCCCACCACCCCCUAAAGAAUUAUAAAGAAACACUCGGCUGCUCACCCAGCACCCCCUAGAAAAAACUUGCUGGAUCCACCCCUGAUUGGAUGGUUACUUAAUUAUAGAAAAAUACAAUGAUCUCAAUCACCGUGACUGUACACAAAGUAAGGGGCGGACCAUUAGAAAUCUCGGGAGGGGGGGGGGUGAAAAUUCCCCCAAAAAAAAUUCGUGCAAAGAAAAAUGCCUGUGAAAAAAAUUCGUGCAGCCAUUAGGUCAGAGAAAAAAAAUUCGUGCAAGCAAACAGCAAAGUACAAAUAGUCUUGAAAAAAAAUUCGUGCAGAGGUUAAAUGCAUUAAAAAAGAUUCGUGCAGAGACAUGAGACUGAAAAAAAUUCGUGCCGCAAUAAUUUUAUACCCCCUCCCGGGAUUUCUAAUGCCCGCCCCUAACAUAAGUCAUUUAGUUUUCAGACCGUCGUAUCUUGACAGAACAAUGAGUGACUGGAUAUCAUGGAGAACAGUGGAAUCUUCGCUGUAAUAAAAGACAAUGGAGCAUUCUUAUCACUGGAUCGUGACUGGAUGAUACUAUUGUUAUGCUAACUCUUAUGGAAAGAGCCGUUCUCGUGUGGACAGGCAAGGUAUAAAAUCAUUGAAAAAACAUCACGACCACUCCUCUGCUCGCGAAGACCGUUUCGUUCGCUGUUCUUCAGUCCACAGAAUUACACCAAGAAGAUCGGAAGGACUCUUUCAUUUAACAGUCAACAAGCUGUGUCUAGUGUGAAGCAUUUCAAGUGCUAAACCUUUGCAUUAUUAUUGCCGUUGUUUUGAGGUAAAAGAACAGUGUUGUCGAUCUAUGUUCGUGGCUAUACAUGAGUGCAAUAGUACAUGGUAUACACUGCCUACCAUACACUGCUUUCCUAUAUAAUGUAAACCACUUUAUAUACCUGUAAAUUUCCUAUAUAAUGUAAAUCACUUUAUCACCUUUAUACCUCUAAACCACAUAUAAAUCACAAUUAUUCUCUAUUUAUAAUCACUCUGUCUAUUAUCAGUGUUAAACUGUUGUAUUUCAUGCAGCUGUUGAGAAAGAUCGUGACUCAAUCUUUACGACCAUAUGGAAACCAGGUUUUGGUUGGGUAUCCUGCAGUAGAGAUUUAAAUUUGGAUAAAUUUUCUUUGCUUCGUAAAUGCUUAUAAGCAUCAAUAUUUCUGAAGCGUUGAGCAAUGCCGUAAUGCGUGCAGCUAUAACCCACAUCUAAACAGAACAUCGACGUUUCGACUUUCGAGGCCCUCGUAAACGUUGAAGUUAUAGAUAGAUAGCUUUAUUUCGGUAGGGUAAGCCCUUCAGUAUAACAACACUGCAUGCAUGCAUGGUAUCAAUAACAAUGGAGGCCCUCUACAAAUAACGUGAGUUACAUUUUUUUAACAUACUAACAUAUAUUCAUCAAGUACAAUAGUUCAUAGUUUAAAAUUUAGUAUAAUGUGUCCAUACUGCCCGACAGAAAUCACUUUGAGUGAGCCGAUAGCUUUGACUGGAAUCUCCAAGGUAGAGAAAUGUCCAUAUAAUUUCUGCGGUUGUAUGUCGGCUAUACGCGACUGAUAUAUCUGGAACUGAGUAAUUUAGCAUAUAUGGUGGGACAAUACCUAAACCGACAUUUCUUUUGUAUAUCCUUUACACAACAUAUUGCCGUGAUCAAUAUUUUUCAUUUGAAUUAUUUAGUUGUGAAACUUUGCUGUGCAUAUAUUACACCCAGAGCAAGAUGGCGGAUUUCAAGGCGUUUUCAAUUGUAAUAUUCUGUCUUGCAUUUCUUGUUUUUCUGUGCAUCGUGAUUCUGCUCGGUAUUAUAACACUUUCAUCGAAACGACGAGCAGAACAAAUGAAUGUCAUGCUUGGUGAUCAGGCUGAAUGCGGAGAAGAGGAACAGUUACAUUCAACACAUUCGGGCAACCCACUGGAUGAAAAUGGAUUGGUUUCAGGAAGCACUUUGUAGUAAAAUUGAAUGUAAUAUAUCAUGAGUGUAAUUUAUAUCUUGAUAAAAUUUACCCAGUAUCACUUUAGUCUAUACUUAUUACUUAUAGCUUUCACAAAAAAAUAUUUUCCUGACAGCAAGGUAUACACGCAAAAAUCUCGCAUCUGUUUCAAACGUCGCGCUUCUCAUGUGCAUGCCGAACGCAUUAGAAACCUUGAAUAGAUAAUGAGGCAUUUCAGCUGAUUACCUAUUAGAGAGGUUAAGAUACCCCGAUUCUGGUUUACGGGUACGGGUGAAGAUACUCCGGCGUGAGAAAACCGAUCAGAGAAUGCCGGCAACUUUCGGUGUUGAGGUUCGCCAUAAAUUGUUGAAAACUUUGACCAGCAUAUGUGCAUUAUUUAUUUGGG